AGACGCGAGCGGUCCUUCCCAAGACGACACGGCGAGUCUCCAAGGCUCCCUGCUGGUGCUUGACGUCCCCGAGUGACACCGCCGAGCUGCCCUCCGCCUAAAGUGUAAUUAGAAUAGAGACAAUUACGCCACGACCAUUGAUGUGCACCGUCACCACGGGAAGCGUAUAUCAAACCACAGCAUCAGUGUUUCAGAUAAAGGAAAGUAUUGAGUAUUAAGACUGUCCCCUCAGGCUGUGACUCGAUAUCAGCAGUGAUCACUUAAGUAACACUGGAACACGUACCAACCAAACAUCUUGAGACGCUCGCCUUGCGUACACCGCCUUGUGAGGAAAAAGAUACGUUCCUUCUCAUUUCUGCAGCUCCCGCUUACGGUGAAGGGAGGUGUUGUAGUGUGUGGUGCUGUGGUGCUGUGGGUAGGGCGGGGCUGGACUCAUGAUCACACUGCAGACCUGGAAGCACCUCGAGGCAUCAUCUCAGACAGCACACUCCUAUUUAGGAACAACAGACGCAGGAGAGGCAGUUCCAUCUUUCCUGUCACAGUGUUCGGGACCCGUUACAGGAUAGAAAAUGAUCAAUUACUUCAGCGCCCUGCCCACAGUAGUGACCCUGGCCACUCUGCUGCCCAUGGGACGCCUCCUGCUGCAGUCCAUCAUGCAGGACUCGAGACAUGCUGACCACCUCUACAGCAGACCAGAGGCAUUCAACCACAAAUACGACUUUAUCAUAGUGGGCGCCGGGUCAGCGGGGUGCGUGCUGGCGGCCAGGUUGUCUGAGAUAGCUGGGUGGCGCGUGCUGCUGCUGGAGGCAGGGGGAACGCCGCCGCCCGAGAGCUACGUCCCGGGCCUGGUGGGUCUCGGAUACUUCAGGGGGAACAACAACUGGAGGUACAUCACGCAGCCUCAGAAACACGGCCUCAAGAACUACCGCAACCGGCAAGCUGCUAUCCCUCACGCGCGGGUGCUGGGCGGCGGCUCCACCACCAACGGCAUGGUGUACGUGCGGGGCAACAAGCGUGACUACGACCACUGGGCGGCACUCGGCAACCCUGGCUGGGACUACAACAACGCCCUGCACUACUUUAAGAUGUCUGAGGACUACCGCGGACACACCGACAAUCAUACAGACGAGUUCCACGGGCGCGGAGGACCGCUAGCCGUCAUGCCGGAGCCCAAGACAGGCAAGCUCGCCCGCGGCUUCCUGCAGGCUGGCAACGAGCUCGGCUUCCAGGUGGUGGAUCCCAACGCCGCCGACCAGAUAGGAUUCGCCAUGCCGGAGUACAACGUGUGUAACGGCAUCAGGUGCUCCACAGCCUGGGCAUACCUCAGGCCCGCCGCCACCCGCCCGAACUUACACAUUCUGCACAGCGCUUACGUACUCAAGAUUCUGUUCAACAAGUACAAGAAGGCGACGGGCGUGAUGUACAAGUACCGGGGACAGGUGGUGACGGCGCGAGCCAUCCGGGAAGUGAUCGUGUCCGCCGGGGCUCUGUCUUCCCCUAAGCUGCUCAUGCUGUCUGGUGUGGGGGCGAGGCACCAUCUCGAUCUACACAAGGUGCAUGUGGUGUCAGAUGUGCCGGGCGUGGGACAGAAUCUUCAGGAUCAUGUGGCGGUGUACGGCCUGGCGUGGACCACCAAACCCAACAUGCUCAGUAUGAACUCCGCCUUCUCCUUCCCAGCCGUGUCUCAGUACGUCCAUCACAGGAAGGGUCCGUGGACGGCGCCCCUGGGUGACUACGCCAGCGCCUGGGUGAAGGUGACUGAGGGAGGCGACCCAUAUUACCCUGACGUGCAGCUCUACCUCUCCCCCGCCAGCUUCAGCAUGGACAUGGGUCUUUUCUUGCCCUAUAUCUACAACUACGACCAAGCAAAAUACGUGGACUACGCUCGCCCGCUGUUUGGUCGGCCAGGCUUCACUAUAAACAUGUAUCUGCUACGCCCCAAGAGUCGCGGCGGCGUGUUCCUCCGCUCCAAGGAUCCCCAUGACCUCCCUAUCAUUGACCCCAACUACCUGAGCCACCCUGACGACAUGCGGGACCUGAUUAAUGGUAUUAAGUUCACCAUAGCCGUUGGCAACACUACAGUUCUUCGGAAAUACUUCAAGGCUGAGUUUCAUGAUAUGCCGCUGCCAGGAUGUAAGACCAAGCGGUUCGGCACCCACGCCUACUGGCAGUGUUACGUGGAGCACAUGGCAGGCUCCUUCUGGCACCCGGCGGGCACCUGCAAGAUGGGCCCUUACAGUGACCCCCUGGCUGUGGUGGAUCCAAGGCUAAGGGUGCGCGGGGUGGAGGGCCUGCGAGUGGUGGACGCCUCAAUCAUGCCUGUCAUCGUCUCCGGCAACACGAACGCGCCCACCAUCAUGAUCGCUGAGAAGGCCGCUGACCUUAUCAAGGAGGAUUGGGAAGCUGUCGGCCACGAGUUCUGACGAUGCAAGUCCUCACCGCGAGAACUGCUGAGUGUGUCAAUGCUGGUGUGUGUGUGUGUGUGUGUGUGUGUAUGUGUGUGUGUGGAAGUCUCUCUGGUGUAUGUAUGCGAGUAGGGGCACUUUGUAUGUUAGGGAGUCUAUUAUUUUGAUGUAUGUACGAGUUUUGAGGCAGUUUUUUUAAGAGGCUACAGAGCUGAUUAGCCGGUUCUCACGAUUAGGCGGGUUCUCACGAGUGUUUCUCAUGUUAAUAAUAAUAUAGAGAUUCAAUUAAUGUCACUUGAACUACAAAAAACACCCUUAAACACCCGUGCAAUUCUAGACUUGAAAGCAAUGGAGGUACGGCGCAUAAGUGUUUCCAAAUAUGGUCCCUUUCUGGUCUAUGUACGAGUAUAGAUAAACAGGUUGU